AUGGAGGCAUUUCCAGUCGGGGACGAACUGGGCAGCACCCCGGAACCCACCAUUUUGCAGCCUGCCGGGACCGCUCCAGCGCCGGCUUAUCCUGCUCUCGAGUCGCAACAAGGCGAGCACCUGCGCGUCGGGGAGGACGUCCAGUUCAGCGAAGAGGUGGAAGACAGAGGUUUGCUAGAAAGCAGUACAAAAUUAAAACCUCAUGAAGCUCAAAACUAUAGAAAGAAAGCAUUGUGGGUUUCGUGGGCCUCCAUUAUUGUUACACUGGCUCUGGCUGUGGCUGCUUUCACUGUCUCUGUAAUGAGGUACAGUGCUUCAUCAUUUGGAUUUGCAUUUGAUGCCACUUUGGAUGUGUUGUCUUCAGUGAUAGUUCUGUGGCGUUACAGCAAUGCAGCAGCAGUUCAUUCGGCACACAGAGAAUAUAUAGCUUGUGUCAUCUUGGGCGUGAUAUUUCUUUUGUCCUCUUUAUGUAUAGUGAUCAAAGCCAUCCAUGACCUUGCAACUAAGUUGCUUCCAGAAGUGGAUGACUUUCUAUACAGUGUUUCAAUUUUAAGUGGAAUCCUUUGUACUACUUUAGCAGUGAUCAAAUUUAUGUUGGGGAAGGUGCUUACAAGCAGAGCAUUGUUAACAGAUGGUUUCAACUCUCUGGUAGGAGGAAUUAUGGGCUUUUCCAUCCUCCUGAGUGCAGAGGUUUUUAAGCACAAUGCUUCUGUUUGGUACCUGGAUGGAAGUAUAGGAGUUCUGAUUGGACUUAUAAUAUUUGCCUAUGGUGCCAAGUUGCUUUUGGAUAUGGUUCCCCGUAUACGGCAAACACGUCAUUAUGAAAUGUUUGAAUGA